GGUUCAGGAGCCUCCAGUACUGGUUCAGGAGCCUCAAGUACUGGUUCAGUAGCCUACAGUACUGGUUCAGUAGCCUCCAGUACUGGUUCAGGAGCCUCCAGUACUGGUUCAGUAGCCUCCAGUACUGGUUCAGUAGCCUCCAGUACUGGUUCAGGAGCCUCCAGUACUGGUUCAGUAGCCUCCAGUACUGGUUCAGUAGCCUCCAGUACUGGUUCAGGAGCCUCCAGUACUGGUUCAGUAGCCUCCAGUACUGGUUCAGUAGCCUCCAGUACUGGUUCAGGAGCUUCCAGUACUGGUUCAGUAGCCUCCAGUACUGGUUCAGUAGCCUCCAGUACUGGUUCAGUAGCCUCCGGUACUGGUUCAGGAGCCUCCAGUACUGGUUCAGGAGCCUCCAGUACUGGUUCAGGAGCCUCCAGUACUGGUUCAGGAGCCUCCAGUACUGGUUCAGUAGCCUCCAGUACUGGUUCAGUAGCCUCCAGUACUGGUUCAGGAGCCUCCAGUACUGGUUCAGUAGCCUCCAGUACUGGUUCAGUAGCCUCCAGUACUGGUUCAGGAGCCUCCAGUACUGGUUCAGUAGCCUCCAGUACUGGUUCAGUAGCCUCCAGUACUGGUUCAGGAGCCUCCAGUACUGGUUCAGGAGCCUCCAGUACUGGUUCAGUAGCCUACAGUACUGGUUCAGGAGCCUCCAGUACUGGUUCAGUAGCCUCCAGUACUGGUUCAGUAGCCUACAGUACUGGUUCAGUAGCCUACAGUACUGGUUCAGGAGCCUCCAGUACUGGUUCAGUAGCCUACAGUACUGGUUCAGUAGCCUCCAGUACUGGUUCAGGAGCCUCCAGUACUGGUUCAGGAGCCUCCAGUACUGGUUCAGGAGCCUCCAGUACUGGUUCAGUAGCCUACAGUACUGGUUCAGGAGCCUCCAGUACUGGUUCAGUAGCCUCCAGUACUGGUUCAGUAGCCUACAGUACUGGUUCAGUAGCCUACAGUACUGGUUCAGGAGCCUCCAGUACUGGUUCAGUAGCCUACAGUACUGGUUCAGUAGCCUCCAGUACUGGUUCAGUAGCCUACAGUACUGGUUCAGUAGCCUCCAGUACUGGUUCAGGAGCCUCCAGUACUGGUUCAGGAGCCUCCAGUACUGGUUCAGGAGCCUCCAGUACUGGUUCAGUAGCCUACAGUACUGGUUCAGGAGCCUCCAGUACUGGUUCAGUAGCCUCCAGUACUGGUUCAGUAGCCUACAGUACUGGUUCAGUAGCCUACAGUACUGGUUCAGGAGCCUCCAGUACUGGUUCAGUAGCCUCCAGUACUGGUUCAGGAGCCUCCAGUACUGGUUCAGGAGCCUCCAGUCUCACCUAUACCAUCGCUACCACAUUCAAAAUAAAUCGACCAUCCAUGAACCACUUAAUUUGUUAA